CUUGUGCUGCAGAUGUACCAACAUAUGCUGUGUGAUGGAGAGCUCGUCUGGUAGAGCUGUUGUUCACUGUGUUGUCUGGAGUCACUGCAGCUUAAAUUUUUGAUCCUCUGACAGAUUUCUGGAGAGCUAGAGUUGCAGUUGCACUGUACGAUGCACUGUUAGCUGAAGUGACUGCAGAUUCACUAUUGCAUGUAGUGGCGGAUGCUGCAUGAGUGACAGAUGUAGUGAACGAUGCAUUCUUCAUUUUUAUUUUAUUAUCAGCAGUCACUGGAGAUGCUCUUGACGAGGUAGUCAAUGAAAGUGGAAGUUCGUAGACAAUACUAUUCUUUUUGGGCUUCUCUAAAACAAAAUAAUUUAAAAUGAAUAACAUAUAUUUUAUACAUGAAUAUGCAAAUAAUAAUAAAUUAUGUUUUUCUACUUACGUUUCCCAUUUGAUGAUCUGAUGCCAACUUCUGGGAGAAUUUCCAAUCCAUUUUAAUGUGUUGUUCCCACUAUUUUUAGUAUUUUUUCCAUUUGAGGAUUUUCAAUAAACUGGAUAUCUGUGUAAUUUCCGGUUAGCCUUCCUGCUCUAACCUUUUCAGCAUUGUAUUCCUUCGCCUUGCUUCUUUGUCUGGACCAAAGCUGCAAUUCAAACAUUAAAUUAGAAAUUGGAAAAAAGUGAGAUUUUUUUUUGUUUGGGUACAUGUGCUAAAAUAUAAGUGUGAAAGUCUACUUACGGCUUGCCAUUGCUUAACAUCUUUUGCUGGACCACACGAGCUGACGAGGCUUGCCAAUCGCUGCCACUGCGCCUUUUUGGUCUCCUUCCCAUUCGCUACAAGCAGCUUAUUAGCUGCAAAUGCGCUGUGCUGCUCCAUGUAGUAGAGCAUUAUGUUUAGUUGCUCUGGUGUAAUUUUGACACUUCCCUCCGCUUGACUUCCCUCCGCUUGACUUCUGUAUGAAAAAAAAAUUAAAUUAAAUGAUAUUUUAUGUCGCUAAAACAAACCAUGCAAAAUCUACUAAGCAUAGCUUAGUAGAUUUUGCAUGGACGAAAUUUUUUCUCGGCUAAGGAUCGUCGCGCGCUUGUCGUCCGCUACUCUUAUGUUUACAAUGAUUCUCUGUCUCUCUCACUCCCUCCCUCUUUCCCUCGCGAUAGCCUCUACCUAACCUUCUUUACGAAUUUCGGAGUCAGUAAUAGCGGUAUGCGUAUAAGUAUAGACGGUCUUACUUGUAUACCUUUGUGACCGAACGUUCUUCAACUUGCUCUCUCACACUCUUUCUCUGUGAACAGUGUGUAUAGUCCAGAAAGUGACCGGUGAGAAAGUUAAAUGUGCGGGAGCAAAUUCGCAGUGCCAAGCAAAAUUUCUCUUCUCCUUUCCUUCUCGGGUGAGCCAAGGGAGAACUGAAUUGUGAGGAAACGAAGGACGAAAGCAGAGAUGAAAUAUCCCAGAAACUGCGUUUGCAUCAAGUUUUUUGAAGCCAGUGUUUUGGAGCCAGUAUACUUAACCUAGAAUCUAUAUUGUGGAGGAAAAGUCCAAAAAAUCUCAAGGUAGGUGGCAUAUCAAAUUUGUCAUAAUUCUUACAGAACACGUUUAUAGUUUCUUGAGGAUUGCUUUUUUCAUCCGGAUUUGUUUAUAAAAAAAUGCAGUACAUUUUAUAGUGCCACACAGAAGACAAGGAAAUAUUAAUUGAUGAAUUGUAAUAUUUCAGCACAAAAUGUUUGCAUUAGCUGCUCUUUUAUUUGAUGAUGAUGAGGAAGAUGAGCCGAUGGAAUUUCGAAGAAUGCACAUGGACUGGAAACGUGCUAUCAGAGAUAUGAGUGAUCCUUUUACAAUGGGAGAUAAUAUCUUUAAAAAAACAUUAUAGGAUGACUCCUGCAAUCGCUAUACACCUGAUUGAGUUGCUUAGACCUCAGCUGGUGAAGCACGAGCAAGGAAUUCCUGUACACCUGCAAGUACUGGCAGUUCUCCGAUUACUUGCAGACGGGUCGUAUCAAAAAGGAGUAGCGCACGACUGCUACUACCCCAUGAGCCAAAGCACUUUUAGCAAAUACCUACAUGAAGUGAUUCCAGCAAUAGUAAGCCUAGCUGAUGAAUACAUCGUCUUUCCCAGAAAUAUGAUAGAACGCCAAGAAAUGUCAAGAAGAUUUUAAGCGUCAAUUGGGUUCCCUGGCGUCAUUGGUGCUAUCGACUGCACACUUCCAAGGAUUCACACAACACAUGAGCACGAGGAGGCCUAUGUUAACCACAACCAGGACCAUUCAUUGAAUGUACAAGUGGUGUCUGAUAUGGAUUAUAAUAUAAUGAAUAUCAGAAUUACUAAUGGGUCCAGCAACGACAGAUUUGUAUGGCGUCAUAGGCAAAUGAGGGAGACUAUGUACAAUCUGCGAAAUAAUCCUGAUCCCGAAGAGAUGAACCAAGAAUACUACUUGAUUGGAGAUGGAGGCUACACUCCAUCACCCGUGCUCUUGACACCUUGUCAGGAAGCUGAUCCGGGUUCUCCAGAGUUUCGCUAUUCAGACAGAGUACGUAAAACCAGACGUAGGGUUGAGCAGACCUUCGGCAUUUGGAAACAGGUAUUCAGAUGCAUCAAUGGAGAUCGUAGUCUCCAUUAUACACCAGAAUUUUCUUCACAAAUAGUAUUGGCUAGUGCUGUCUUAUAUAACUACUUAAGACACCAAGGGAUGCCCAUGCCAGUACCUUUAAGAAAUAAUCAAACAAGAGAAUUUCCAGUAGGGGAUUUUGUGGAUGAUCAUUACAUCCAAGGGUUACAAGUACGCAGAAAUAUCAUCAUGAAUUAUUUUACUUAAAGAAAUAGAAAAAUUUGAUAAUUAUUUUAGUUUUCCGAUGGUUUAAUUCUAAAAAGUAUUCUAAUAUUUGAAUUUAUAUAUUUUAACAAGUUUGAUUUCUCUGGUUAAUCAGAUUCAAGUAUUUAAUUGUUAAUAACUUAUUUAUGUUCUGUACAGAUGUAUGUUGUAUGAUCAGUACGGUAAAUAUGUAAUAAAUAUUGAUCUGUAGAUCUGUACAGAUGUAUGCUGUAUGAUCUGUACGGUAAAUAUGUAAUAAAUAUUGAUACCUGCUA